AUGCUCCUAAAAACACAAGAAAGCAAACAGAGCUUUAAAUUUUCUUGUCUAAAAAUUCUAGAUUCUAAAAAAGAUUCUACAACUACUAUUACUAAGAGUAUUCAGACUCUGGAAGCACAAACAACCAUUGCUCUGAUCACAACAGCCCUGCUUCUGGAACCACGAACACAUAACGACAAUACUGGGACUGUCAACAUUCAACCCAUAUUCAAUCAUGAUCCCUUUGAUCUAAGCAGCAGCAGUAAGGGGAAUGUCAUCCGUGAAGCCUGUAAGACGCUGGGUCAGAAGAUGAAAGGAAAUUGCACCGUGAUGGUGGAAAUUAAUGACAAGCAAUUAACUGCAACAAUAACAAUAGAUGCCGACCAAAAGAUACCGCCAGAAAACUACAAACCUCUAGAACCUGUCAGUGGAGUUACAGACAAUAAUGCUUUACAGAAAGAGGAUCUAAACAAGCACACGAUACCAGACACGUUGAUCGCCAUCUUGGCUUCUUGUGGUGCUUUGGUGCUCAUUCUGUGCUGCUUUGCUGCGUACUGCACUUAUCAUCGCAGAUCCUACAGGAAGAACCAGCAACACCUGACAGAAGAGCUGCAGACAGUGGAGAAUGGUUAUCAUGACAAUCCCACACUGGAGGUGAUGGAGGUACAGCCGGAGAUGCAAGAGAAAAAACUGACAAUGAACAGGGAGUUUAACGACAGCUGGAUCGUCCCCAUAGACAACCUGCUGAAAGAGGACAUACCUGAUGAAGAAGACACACACUUGUAAUGGCAUCAGAUGAACCGUCUGGAGAAGGAAACCUGCUGCUCUCAUAACGGUAGAUUGUGACCGGCCAGAAUGUAGAGAAAGCAGAGAUUGACAUAAAGACUAUCAAACGACAAUGCUUUCAUUUGGUGCCCGGGUGUAUAUGCUGUAAUUAAGUAGCUGAAUGUCAAGUAUGUGCUAGAAAUAGCCGAAACGUUUUUAGGUUUCGUGUCACUGUGGACUUUUGGAAUGACAAUGCACAAUCUGUGGCCUCUCUUUGUGCCUUAAAUUUUCUUCAGCAGGAUUAAUUCAUGCUUUAAAACAAAUAGUUUUCCAAUAAACAAUUUGAUGAACACAAAAUAUCUAGCAAAUAAUAGGUAAUAUAGCCCAUUUAUGAUUUCAAACAGAUUUGGUCCAAUAAUUUUCAGUAUUGAAUGAAAAAAGAAUUUAGGUUUUGCUCGCCAUCUUGGAACGUUUUUUCCCAGUGCAAUGCAUGUUGGAUUCUCUAAAUGUGAAGCUGGCCAAAAUAAGGCCUCGAUUUCACUGCCUUUGCAUUAGGAGUGUGCCUUAUGAUGCUGUCAAGCAAUGCUAAUUACUUUCUCUAAAAAAAAAAAGAAAGAAAAAAAAAAGAUAUAUUCAGGAUUCAAGGUUCACAGAUUCUGACCAGUGGAUUUAUGUGAUAUUUUCCAUUUAUUUGAUUUUUUUAAAAUUAUGUUAUGGAAAGAACACUCACAAAAUUGUUUCUACCUGAUAGAACUGAGCAUAAAUUGUAUUACUACUAUAGAAAUUUCCAUCACUUUUCCCAUGACUUUUUGAGGCCUAGAAAUCACAUUUAUCCAGUGGAAACCUUGUAUUAUUUUUUGAGCAGAAUGUAAUUGUUGUGCUUGUAUAUACUGCUUAUUUUUAUGCUUCUUUCAUAAUUUGUUCAUUUUCUGAUUAGGGAAGAUUAACACUCAUAUGCACCAAAUUACACUUGGACCAAUGGAUAAUUCGUCCUGGUAAAUUAGACUACGGGUCAAAAGUAUGUGACUCCAUGAUUGGCAGAUAACUUUUUCAUUAUCUUCCAUAUGCUCCACUCAUGUCUCUGUGUUGGUAAUCAUGCCAGUAUGAAGGUUUUUGGUCUUGUCAACCUGAAACAUUUGACACUAAAUCCAACACAAAUCACUUACAUUCUUUAAGUUUAGUUACAGGUAAAAAAAAAAAUCAUAAUUUGUCAUUGAUCACCCUUCUCUUUGGGGAUGUUUUAUUUAAUUGUUUUAAUGUUGAUUUCACCAAAACAAAUUUUUUUUUUUUUGUAUUUUAUGUAAUUGUAUUUGCAUGCACUACACAAAUUUUCAGUAUAAGGGAUUUAGGGUUUAGCUGUUGUACUUCCACCAAAGUAUUAAGGUUGAAUUUAUAGUUGUUUUCUGUUUUUGAAGUCAGUUUGCUGCUGUGUGCAAACGACAGGGGUCUGAUACACUGGAAGCUUCAUCUCUGUCAGAUUGGAUGGGGAUGGCCAUGAUUUCUAAUAUAAAAAUAAAAAAAUUUAAAGUGUGUUUUCUUAGGUAGUUGACAUGUCGAGGCACAUAAUCUUAAAUGAUAACACAAUGCAUUUACUACUGUUCAAAGGUUUGGGGUCUGUAAGAUUUUUUAAAUGGUUU